GAUUUAGUAUUUUAUCCCAUUUUCUUAUUAAUUCUGUUCAAUUUGAAUGUUUUUUUUGCAGAACGAGUAGUUAGUUUGAAACAGUUAAUGGUGAUCCACCUGUAAUUAAAGCUUGUCACACCUGUACACAGGUCAGCAGGUGACACACUUACGGAAUAAAACGUGUAAUGUUAUCGAGGAAAUAAAAAUCACUGCAUUACCUAGACAUUCUAUGUUGGAAUAACGCCAUACACUAUAACUGUGAGUGGUGUUCGGUCACCUGACCGGAGUCGCACCUGUCCGUCACGUUCCUGGUGCUGGAUGUUGGAUGGGUCCAUGUUCGCCAGUGUCUUUAAUGUUGCUGUUAUCGAUGCCCCACGUUAGUGUGUUAUUGUCCUGGCAGGGCGACCGGUAGGGACCAAGAGGGCUCGCCCAAAUUUCAUACAAUGUAGUCGUGUCGAGAAAGGGAGAUAACUUGUUGCAAUGGCAACAUGAGCAGUGCUGUACCGCCCUGUAUAACAGAGGAUGGAUUGGAUAAACUACACAACAGCGGCUGGUCCAACUACAACAGAGUGGGCAGCCUGGUCGGAGUAUGAGAGUGAGUACAACCGAGCGACCAAGGCCGGUAGUGUUGUCGGCCCAGUUGUUGGUUCCUUUAUUGUCAUCAUCUUCAUCAUAUCCGUCUUUUGUUUCACAUCGCACGUGCGACGAAGGCGACAAGAAAUAUUGGCGAGAGCUGCACGACGUAACAUCAAUCAAAGACAAGGUGAGAGGGCUUUUGUGGUCGGCCAUGCCCACAGUCCAGACUGGAUAGGCGGAGAAGAACAUGGGAGUUACACCAACACAAUAAUGCAGGACUUACCUCCCCCUUACACACCUCCUUACGAAACUGAAUUGAAGGAUGGAGAUCUACCGCCAUCGUAUGCCGACGCAGUUGUCAUGUAUGGUUAUGACACUGAACGUGAUGACGUCACGCGAACAUUUGAUGAAAGUGACGUUAAUUAUGAUGUUGAUUAUGACACUGACAAUAUGACUGACUAUAGUGUCGAUGAUGACGUCAAUACUGACGCCACAUAUGAUGUUGAUGUUCCCUACGAUGCCACCAAUGAAACAAGAAGUUGUACUUACGAGGCCGGAAGUGGUCAUAAUUAUAAUGACGUCACAACCGACUAGGAGGAUAGGAUUAUCAUAACUAAGUGCUGGAAAACAGAGCUCGUGCGUGUAUGUGGCUGUGUUCACUGCCACAACAAAUGGAUAAUAUAUAUAUAGAGGGAGAUGACAUACUUGGAAAAGUUGUGAAAAGAGUAAUUACACAUACAUCUUGCUACCCGAAAAGGUGUCAUGGUGAUGUUUGAAUUCAUGGCCGGGGAAUGCUUUACGCGAAUAAUCAUAUAGGAGGAGCGCCAGUCAGGUAGCCUCUGGGCCAUUUUCGUUUUUGUGGUCCAAACGGUUGGACCAGUUGCACUGGUGUUGUUCGUUUAUAAAAAAAGACAGACCUGGUGAUUUUAUAAUGUUUCCAGACGAACCUUGACGAAGACUUUCAAGGCCCCUAAUGAAGGUCCGAGAUGCGUGGUUGGAUGCUCCCUACUCGUGUCACCUCGAAAUGACUCCAACAAACAAAGAAAUAUCGGACGACAUCAAUAUUUUAACACCAUGUCAACCUUUUCAUUUGUAUGAAGUAUCACUCCUAGGGGUGUAAUUUACACGUGGGCAUCACUGGCACACUCAGUGACACACAGAUUUGGAACGGAUUCCCUAUUUCACAUUUGUAUGCACCUGGACUCCAGGAAACUCGUCAACAGGCUAUUUCAGUCUCAUAACCAUUGUUGCAUUGUGUGUGACACAUGGACAUAACACGAACUUCCCACCCACAGACCAUGUAACCGUAUUAUACAAUAAUUACGGUGGUUUAGAAAUGUAUGCCAAAUCUCUGUGGCAUGUGUUUAUAACUAGAACAUGACCCAAUAGUUGAACUCUGAAUUUAACUUAUUCAGGAAAUCGUAGCAACAUAUCGCAACUAAGGAAAUCUUUUAGUCCCGCUCGUAUUUAUAACGGAUGAAAUGCUAAGCGCUUGUUCUUUUUAUCUCAUAACUAUUAUCAUAUUUUAUUUAUCUAGCCUAUCAUAUGUUUUUAUAUUGAUCAGAGACCUCCAUUUUGUGACUGAAUCCUAUUCUUGUUCAACACACCAAGAUCUGAAAAAUACAGAAAGUUUUAAGAUAGGAAAAUGUUUACACCUUUUGGCGUAUUGAAGCUGUGCUGACUGAAAUGUACUUACAAUGUAGACUAAUACAUAUGUAUGAAUGUUCGGCAUUAGCAUGAUGUAUUUCCGGUUAACCAAUUUCCACUUUAUUUCAAUUUAAUUUCCGCCAUGCCAUAAUGUUACAUGUACGAUAUAAACUAUGUAAGCAUUUCAUUUACGUUAACUCGAUAAACGCUAUGGGCGCACAUUUAUAAACAUAAACAGAAAAAGACUAUUGUUUAGUAAUCACGGAUCUCGUCUACAUUGUACAAAUAUUCAAACAUUAUCUGAUGCCAGGGGAGACAACUGUGUAUAUCUGAUAUUGCAAUCCAAGAUAACAUGAUAUGCUCAGAAUACUGUCUUUACUACAGAAUUAACGGAAUUUAUUGAGCAGACACUCACAUAUUAACCGAAUGACGGUGGAUAUUUUUGUUUUUCUUCACACUUCAAUUAAUAUUCCACCAGAUCAAAAUUAUUGGCUUGAAUAAAAAGCCCUGUUGCAUCUGGCGAAAUAUUUGGCUGUAUCGGGGCGAUACAUAACAAUUCGUCCCUUAAUCAAUACAUUUUGUAUACAGUGUAUUUUAACUAUAUCAGGGAUGUAUACUAGUACGUCCAUGUCUCAAUAUAUAGUGUAUUUUAACUGUAUCAAUGACGUAUAUUUGUACGUACCUAUAUCAAUAUACCAAUAUACAGUGUAUUUUAACUGUAUCAGGGAUGUAUACUAGUACGUCCCUGUCUCAAUAUAUAGUGUAUUUUAACUGUAUCAAUGACGUAUAUUUGUACGUACCUAUAUCAAUAUACCAAUAUACAGUGUAUUUUAACUGUAUCAGGGAUGUAUACUAGUACGUCCCUGUCUCGAUCCAUACAGUGCAAGUACACCUAUGGCUAUAUUUCCCCCCCGCCUGCUUCAAUUAUGCGUAAUCCAUUCAACAAUCAAGUUUUUAUCUUGGCAUUUUAUGACCGAUAGAUUAUUUACAAACUGGAACUCUUUGUUAAGUGGCUGAUGUUAUUCAGUCAAUGACCUCUGACAAAAUAUGGUGCUAUCAUUCUUUGCUUACUUAAGGACUCACACAACUAAAUAAUUUACUAUAUGUUAUUACUAGUGACCCAAUCCCUUUAUUCGCUCGUUUGAAGUUCAAAUGAUGUGAAAUUUAUAUCAAAUUAAAGUUUGAAGUUUUUUCUAUCGGAUAAAUGUUGUUAUUGUAAAGGUUUAAUGGCAUAUUAGAGCAGACGGGUACUCGGAAGACAGUAACCCUGGCAUUAACAUUACACUGGGGAACCCCUACCUGGGGAAUUCCCGUCUGUUUACACCUCGAAUCCUACGCCAUUCUAUUUUCAGUAGGAGUGUAUAUUUUUGAUUUUCCAAACCUCAAGACCCUACACUUUAUUCUCGUGUAUAGGAAGUACCCAUUUCAUAUAUUAAUUAAUCAGGAAAACAGCUACAAACCUAAGAAACACAUUUUCCUCAGGGACUUGGUUCACGUGAAACACCAGCUGAUUGCAUUGGCUGAUUUAGUUGUGUGAGUCCUUAAGCAAUAUGUCCGACGUAGCGAAGGCUCCCUUUAGGACGAUUUUAACUGGAAGGUGCUGAUUUCAUGUUCUAUGGAGAGUCUGAACAUUUAACGGGUACACAAAUAAAGUUUUAUGCACAUGCAUUGUAAAUCAGUUUUUAUUGAUUUUUAAUUGGAACUUGAUUUUAUCACAACUCCGAAUAUUUUUGUGUAUAUUCAUGCUGAUGCUACAUGUACGCUAUCUGUCAAUAUGGUAAAACAAUUGUCUGUUUGAAUGCUAUCAUGAAUUUUCUCCCAGUUACAUUUCUUGAUCGUAUUUUAUCUCUUAACAAAACCUACACAUUUACCUUAUAUACUUUGCAUUCUGAAGUCAUUCCAACUUUAAAUUUUUUCGAAAAAGGUUUGCUAUUUCGGAAUUCCUGUUUUAGUUAGCUAUUUUUGUGUAAUGUGUUCGUUUUAAUUUGAUAUCUUAUUUAAGUGGAUGCUAUUUAUUAGAUGUUGUCAAAAAAUGCUGAGCCACAAAAUAGUAUUGCAUUUGACUUGAUGAACAUAAUAUAAAGUUGUUGUACACGGAGAAAGGAAUAAAUUUCUGUUAAACUAA